UUGGCUCUCUGCGGUUUCCUUGGGGACGUGGCGCCGCCGCCGGCCCGGGCCCUCCUUCCGGCUGGGCAAGGGGCCGCGGGGAGCAGCUUGGGACUGAACCGAGCGGUGUCGAAGGAACCGGCGGGCCGCUUGAUCCCGCUGCAGACGUAGGAGAUGCCUGGGACAAGGAGGCCACCUUCUCAGGGCAAAAGAAAAGGAAGGUGACAGGCGUUGAGACCACCGAAGGGAACCCAUGGCUAGGAUCAGUUUUUCCUACCUCUGCCCAGCCUCCUGGUACUUCACUGUGCCCACAGUGAGUCCAUUUCUCCGUCAGCGGGUGGCAUUCCUGGGACUCUUCUUCAUAUCCUGUCUGCUUUUACUUAUGUUAAUCAUAGACUUUCGACAUUGGAGUGCUUCAUUACCACGAGAUAGGCAAUACGAAAGGUAUUUGGCUCGAGUAGGGGAGCUUGAAGCUACUGACACUGAAGACCCAAAUCUGAAUUAUGGACUUGUUGUUGACUGUGGCAGCAGUGGUUCCCGGAUUUUUGUUUAUUUCUGGCCAAGACAUAAUGGGAACCCCCAUGACUUGCUGGACAUCAAACAGAUGAGAGACCGCAACAGCCAACCAGUGGUUAAAAAAAUCAAGCCAGGAAUCUCUGCAAUGGCAGACACUCCAGAACAUGCCAGUGAUUACCUUCGUCCUCUGCUGAGCUUUGCUGCUGCUCAUGUGCCCGUGAAGAAGCACAAGGAGACCCCUCUUUAUAUCCUCUGCACAGCAGGCAUGAGGCUUCUCCCUGAGAGGAAGCAGUUGGCUAUCUUGGCUGACCUAGUGAAAGAUUUACCACUGGAGUUUGACUUCCUCUUUUCACAGUCUCAAGCAGAAGUGAUCUCUGGGAAACAGGAAGGGGUUUAUGCAUGGAUUGGAAUCAACUUUGUUUUGGGAAGAUUCGACCACGAGGAUGAAUCAGAUGCUGAGGCUACCCAGGAAUUGGCAGCAGGACGAAGAAGGACAGUAGGGAUACUGGAUAUGGGAGGAGCCUCUCUCCAAAUUGCUUAUGAAGUUCCUACCUCAACCUCUGUCCUUCCUGCAAAGCAGGAAGAAGCUGCCAAGAUCCUACUGGCUGAGUUCAACCUGGGCUGUGAUGUGCAACACACUGAACACGUAUACAGGGUUUAUGUCACAACUUUUCUGGGUUUCGGAGGCAACUUUGCCCGGCAGCGCUACGAAGACCUUGUUCUGAAUGAAACUCUUAACAAAAACAGAUUGCUGGGUCAGAAGACAGGUCUGAGUCCCGACAAUCCAUUUCUGGAUCCCUGCCUGCCAGUGGGACUCACAGAUGUGGUGGAGAGGAACAGCCAAGUCUUGCAUGUCCGAGGAAGAGGAGACUGGGUGUCUUGUGGGGCAAUGCUGAACCCCCUGCUGGCUCGCUCCAACACCAGCCAGGCCUCACUCAAUGGCAUCUAUCAAUCGCCUAUUGACUUCAACAACAGCGAGUUCUACGGCUUCUCUGAGUUUUUUUAUUGUACAGAGGAUGUGUUGCGCAUUGGUGGCCGCUACCAUGGGCCAACAUUUGCCAAGGCUGCUCAGGAUUACUGUGGCAUGGCUUGGUCGGUACUAACUCAGAGAUUCAAGAAUGGCCUCUUUUCAUCACAUGCAGAUGAGCAUCGACUCAAAUAUCAGUGUUUUAAAUCGGCUUGGAUGUACCAAGUCUUACAUGAAGGAUUCCACUUUCCCUAUGACUACCCAAACCUGCGGACAGCCCAGCUGGUGUAUGACCGGGAGGUUCAGUGGACGCUGGGAGCCAUUCUAUAUAAAACACGAUUCUUACCACUCAGAUGUGGAAUUAUUCAGUGGUUGUCUACUAUAUCAAUAUUUCAACCCAAUUUGGCUUCUCUGUGGGAAUGACUGCCAAGACAACACGUCCAGUCCUUACUGGGAUCUAGCUACUAGCUCCAAGUACCUAACGGAUGAUUCGACUCAAGAGUCCUGCUGUCAUCUCAAACUUUUCUCCAGAAACAGCUUACUCAGGUCAAUCCAUGAUUUCAAUACCUAAUAUAAGACUCAUUUUUUUUUUUUUUUGGAGAUGGAAUUUCGCUCUUGUUGCCCCAGGCUAGACUGCAAUGGUGCCAUCUCAGCUCACUGCAACCUCUACCUCCCGGAUUCAAGCAAUUCUUCUGCCUCAGCCUCUCGAGUAGCUGGGAUUACAGGCAUGCGCCACCACGGCUGGCUAAUUUUGUAUUUUUAGUAGAGAUGGGGUUUCUCCAGGUUGGUCAGGCUGGUCUCAAACUCCCAACAUCAGGUGAUCUGCCUGCCUCUGCCUCCCAAAGUGCUAGGAUUACAGGCAUGAGCCACUGCGCCUGGCCAAGACUCAUUUAAAAAAAAAUUCUGUGGGGAAAAAAAUGUCCUAUAACAGUGUGGUGUCUUGGGACCUCUAUUAUUAAUGAAGGCCUCAAAAAAAUGUUAUACCUUGUUUUUAAAUCAAAGCAUAAAAUGAAAAACUAGUACUUUCCUUUAAUCAGCAGACAGAAAAAUACUUCAGACAAAAUCACUAAGGUUUACUGUAUUAUUAGACUUAACUGGCAGGUCCCCAUUUAACGAACAAUGUGGCUUCUGUCCACACCAGAAGUUCAGAAACACCUCUGUUCUGAUCUUUCUCACUUUGCCAUCCACCAUCCCUUAUGGGAGUCAGAGGUAAAGUGACUGGGGUAUUUCUUGUUGUUGGUACUCCCUCCCACUCUAUUUUUCAAUUUGUUUCACCUUUGCCAAUAGAAAAUGUUGGCAAAAUAUUCAAUUCCUAUACGAUCCAGCAAUUCUACUUCUAGAUAUAUAUCCAAAAGAAUUGAAAGCGGGGUCUUGAAGAGAGGUAUUUGCACACAACUCUUACCUUGUGCGGAGGGAGUAGCAGUGAGAGUGAGGUCCAUAAGCUGGCACAAUAAAGAACCAGGGCUGAUCCCAGGUGGGCAGCGAGGCGGUACUGACUGACCCGAGGGAUGUCAUGGGAGUCGGAUUUUUCUUCUAGUCCGCUUUUCACCAUAUACCAUCCCAACAGACCCUAGAACCCCCAAGAGAUGAAGCAAACAAAACAAGGUUAAAAUGAUCUGUUCAACUUUCUUUUUGUUGUUUUUUUGAGACACAGUCUUGCUCUGUCACCAGGCUGGAGUGCAGUGGCGGGAUCUCGGCUCACUGCAACCACCACCUCCCGGGUUCAAGUGAUUCUCCUGCCUCAGCCUCCCAAGUGGCUGGGACUACAGUUGUGCAUCACCACGCCCAGCUAAUUUUUGUAUUUUUAGUAGAGAUGGGGUUUCACCAUGUUGGCCAGAUGGUGUCAAUCUCUUGACCUCGUGAUCCGCCUGCCUUAGCCUCCCAAAGUGGUGGUAUUACAGGUGUGAGCCACCACGCCGGGCCUGAUCUGUUCAACUUUACUGAGGAAAUGAGCUAUUAGGAGUACUCUCUACCCCACCCCUCCUCUUUCCAUACCCUCCCCAAUAUGCAGUGUCCCAAGAUUCAUGAUUUAUCCACAAUUCUUCACAUAUCACCAUUAAUACUUAACUGCUAUUUAGAUCAGAAGUGUCCAAUCUUUUGGCUUCCCUGGGCCACACUGGAAGAAGAAUUGUCUUGGGCCAUGCAUAAAAUACACUAACACUAACAAUAGCUGAUGAGCUUU